UUUCAUCAGCAGGAUUACAUAAGCAUGGAUCUGAUCUUGCGUGCGGGUGAUUCAUCGAAGGAGAAUCGCAUCGAUUAUGUUAUUUGUGAUUGAAAUACCGCGAAUAUAUAUAUACCGGCAUGAGAUCAUUGCUGGAGAUUUUCUCUCCGAUCCCUGGAAAAAAGUGUUUGUAUGUGAUGUUAGUCAUGGCUGUGAUGGAAAUGUGCCAAGGAUGCGGCACGGAGGUCAAGCAGGCCGGAAUUUGCUUGCAUAUUUACCUGGAGAGGGACUUUCCAGACAUUGAACCUGCUGUUUACAGAAUGCACGCAGAAUUGACUGGACGCAGAAGGAUUGGCCAAACGGAUGAUUACGCGUUUAGUGGUCCAGCGCUGGAAGACAGCUGCAAGAAGAUAAAACGAGUCCUUCAAUGCUUCGAUCGUAUUUUGAAGCGAGACGCUUGCUACUUCUACGAGGAUUUCUUCCGGUUCCGCCAUUUGCUAGAAAGCUUAUGGAAAACAUUCGAGUGGUUUUGUGACGUCACGAAACUGAGGCAACGGAAUUUGAAACAGCAGCGGGACUGCUUGAUGUCGCAUGGAACUGGCUGUGGCCCUGACGCGACUGAGAUUUACGGAAACGCGACGGAAAUUUUCAUCGACGAUUGGUGUCGAGACAUUAUUUCGUCGUCAUCGACGCCGAUUUCUUCCCGAAGUUCUUUGAUAAUCGGCACGCAAAAUUAA